GAGGUGGGGGUCCUUCCCCUUCCUCAUCUCAAACACCCAAAUUUUGGCAUCGCUAGAGGUGAAUGGCGGGAACCGGAAGUGUGUGCAGCGGCGGCGGGUACCCGGCGAAUCGGGUCCCAGGCGAAUCGCCGGAAGUAACAAUUGCUACGGGAAGUUUCCGCCAGCUUCGCUAUGGCGGCGAUCCCUCCAGACUCCUGGCAGCCGCCCAACGUAUACUUGGAGACCAGCAUGGGGAUCAUCGUGCUGGAGCUGUACUGGAAGCAUGCUCCAAAGACUUGUAAGAACUUUGCUGAAUUGGCUCGUCGAGGUUACUACAAUGGCACCAAAUUCCACAGAAUCAUCAAAGACUUUAUGAUCCAGGGAGGUGACCCAACAGGGACAGGUCGAGGUGGUGCAUCUAUCUAUGGCAAGCAGUUUGAAGAUGAACUUCAUCCAGACUUGAAAUUCACAGGGGCUGGAAUUCUCGCAAUGGCCAAUGCCGGGCCAGACACCAACGGGAGCCAGUUCUUUGUGACCCUGGCUCCCACUCAGUGGCUUGACGGCAAGCACACCAUUUUUGGCCGUGUGUGCCAGGGUAUAGGAAUGGUGAAUCGAGUAGGAAUGGUGGAAACAAACUCCCAGGACCGUCCUGUGGACGAUGUGAAGAUCAUUAAGGCAUACCCUUCUGGGUAGACUUGCCGCACUCUUGCGCACGCCCAGGUCUUCUGAGAUGGCCCCAGUGAACCAGUUUCCAGAUGACCUAGAAUGACACGUAACUCUAAACUGCAUUUUGGUCUUGCAAAUCUGAGGCGCUGAGGAGGCCUGGGGUCUUGGGUGAGUUAGAGAUGGAAGUGUAUUUUAAUAGGAUGCUUCUUUUCUCUUCCCCAGUGCCUGUGUUAACAGAGCAUUUGCAGAAAUGCCCAUGCAUGAUUGUUCACAGGUUACUGCUCACUGCAAAUGACCCAUACUGCUCCUUCUUGUGUGUAUCUGCUCUAUACACUUGGAAUGAAAUGAAGCCAACUCUGUCAUUUCGCAGUGCCUAACCAGCCUCUUCUUGCAGAAAUUUAUAUUCUGGGCUACACUGCAGUCUUUGGUGGCUGACAGCCGUAGAAUUCAAAACCAAGUAGUGUCUAUCAGCCUUCUUAACUGUGUGCACCCCCUAUUUCAGUCUCUUGCCUUUGUUCUUCCAGGGAUUGUAUGCAUCUCUCUAUAUAUUUUCCCUCUCAAAACCAGAACAUCAACACUGCUGUUUCCGACACUUAGACAUCCCACGCAAAGCCACAUUGAAUUUUUGCCAAGUGAAAAAUGCAUCCAACAAUCAAGUUUCUAAGAAUGUGUCAAGUGGGGAAUGAUAAUGUGUAAUAAUUGAGAAAUUAAUUUAU